UGUUAGGUUGAUCUCCUUCCUAAUAGGCCCAACGGCCUAUUAGGCCCUUAAACCGCGCCCUGAUCGGGGGCGUCCAACCCUUAAUGGUUGGUGGGCCCCCGCUGCACAGCGCCAAAAUAAAAGGGGUGAGGGGCCGGCGGCACACGGCACGAGGUUCGCCGUGCCGCCUACACCCUCACCCACAGAAACCCUAAGCCGAUCUACUAGGGGGCGCUGGAGCAGUGGGAAUCCGCCGCCGCUGCAGUCGACUCCGUCUAGCCGUCGCUGCUACCGUCCUCGACACCGUCGCCCCUGCAUCGACCUCACUGCGUCACUCGUCGCCGCCUUUGAGCGGAUCUCCAUCAGCGAACAAGGGAUGGCCGGCUCAAACUCCUCUGGUGGCGCCGAAGGUUUCUCUACUCUCUUUCUCUCUAUGUAUUUCCGUAGAUCUAGGAUCUCUUGUACUCAGAAUCAUAGAAAAGAGAAAGAAAUCCCGCUCGAUCCGUACACAGUGUUGAUCCUAGACUCUAACAUUGGUAUCAGAGGCCUACACUAAGUGUAGAUCGAGAUGGGAAGUGUAGAUUCGGUCACGAAUCAAAAGAAUCAAGACUCAGAAAAGCAAUUCGAUGCAAAUCGAAAAAGAAAAGAAAAGUCGUAACCCUAACCCUAACCCUAGAGGUGAAAAGGCGCGGGGCCUACCUGGUCCGCGUGUCACUGCCGCCGCCGGUACGCGGGACGCGUUUGCGCCGCCGCUCGCCGGACAUCUCGGCACAGAGAAGCCGCCGCUUGCCGCUCCGGGACGCUGGGGUUGCGCAUGCGGGGCUCGAGAGCCUGGCGCCAUCCAUGGCGAGCUCGACGGUGGCGCGCUCACCCACCGGCGAGCGCGCGCGCCGGCGAGCAAGCCGCGGUGGCGCCGCCCUGCCCACUCCGCCGGGCCACCAAGGCCAGCGGCCGUCGCCUCCGUUUCGAGGAGAGAGAAAGGGGAGGGAAAGAAUGAGCUAGGGUUUGAGGGACGCCGCGUCGUCGUCGGUUUUGAUCCGGCGAAACGCGCGGACGGCCGUUCGAUCAAGAUCGACGGUCCAGAUCGCGCCUCGCCUCCUGGGCCGGCAGGCGGCCCAUGCGGGCGGGGGGGAGGAGACACCGCGGCGGGCCGAUUCGGCGGCCCGGCCGUUGGCUGUCGGGCCUCGGGCCCAAGGAAAAAUGCCCGAGCAGGCCGCGGGCCGUUUCGCUUCUGGGCCGCCUGAACAGUGCUUAGUUUUAAUGUUUUUUCUAUUUUUCCAGAAGCAAUUUCAAUAGUUUUGAUUAUAGUUUGAUCUCUAUUCAAUUUCGCACCAACGUGUUUAUUGUUUAGAGAUAAAAGUUUAUAGUUUUGCUUCUGGAAAUAGAAAUUCCUACAUGUUUCCGCUGCUAAGAUUAUAUAGUUGCUUUUAUACUUUAAUUCGAACCAACGAGACAAUUAAAGUUUAAGAUCAUGGUUAAAAGCUUAUUUUAAGGAUUAUGGUAUUGUUAAUUUUCUGACCAACGUUGUUAGUUACAAUACUGUAAUUUCAUAGUUUUUGUGCAUUUAUUUCUAUUUCUGCCCAACGGUGAUAUAGAUUUAAUUGCAUAAACAGUUGUAUGUUCUAUUUUGACCAACGUUGGAAUUUUACAUACAAUUAUUGUUAUUAUGUUCUCACUAUUUUUUGAAAUUUUCAGCGGGGAUGAACUUGAUGGGAUUCAUCAGUCACAUCCCGACUUUAAAAGGAGAUAACUAUGGCGAAUGGAUCAAGAAGGUUGAUCUUGCUUUCGUCUGUGGAGAAUUGGAUGAGAUAAUCACCACUCCAAAGCCCACUGAGCCACCGGCUCCAGUGAGAGGAGAUUCUGACACUGAUGCUGAGUGGCAGAAAAAGCAAAGGGACUAUGCUCCCUUAAAGAUGGCUUAUGAUCUCGAAAAGACAAAGUGGAACAACGCCAACAAGAAAUGUGUGGCAGUUAUAAAGAACACAAUUGAUCCUAACAUUUUGGGUUCAAUUGGAGAGUGUGAUUCAGCUGCAGAAUACCUUGCAAAGAUAAAGAAUCAGUUUACUGGUUCUUCAAAGACUUAUGCUACACAGAUAAUAGAGCAGUUGGUCACAAAAAGGUACUAUGCCAAUGCCGGUACGAUAAGAGAUCAUAUCAUGGGGAUGUGUGCUUUGAACUCCAAGCUCAAACCAAUGGACUUGGAUCUCAAAGAAGAGUUUAUGGUGCACCUGGUGUUCGCCUCUCUGCCAAAAGAGUUUGCAACGUUCGUUGUAAACUAUAACUCACAGCCAGAGAAGUGGAACAUGGAAAAGGCAAUUGCAAUGUGUGCACAAGAGGAAGAUAGACUCAAGAAACAGAAUGGUGGGUCUGUCAAUUUUGUGCAUAAUAACAAGAAAAGGCCUUUCCAAGCUGCUUCUUCCUCUAAAGCUAAAGACAAAGCCCCUAUGCCACAGAAGUAUCAGCAACAGUGUCAGCAACAACGCACUCCAGCUCAAGAUGAGUGCUUCCACUGUUUUGACAAGGGGCAUCGCAAAGCAGAUUGUCCCGCUUAUUUAAAGAUGAUAAUGGCAAAGAAUGGGAUUCCGUUCGACAAGGACUACGCAAAGAAGCGAAAGACACAUUAAAGUCGCGAACGGAGUACAAGCAGAUGUUGAAGCUGUUGGCGAUGUCUCCAUUGAGCUAGUUAAUGGUUUCAUGCUUGUAUUAAAAGAUGUUUUAUUUGUUCCUUCGCUUCAAAGAAACUUGAUCAGUGUAUCACGCUUAGACACAGAUGGUUUUGGUUGUCAUUUUGCGAAUGGCAAAUGUGAACUAUGGUUUGAUAAUAAUUGUAUUGGUGAUGCUGUCCUUUACAAUGAUCUUUAUUUAUUAUCUAUGCGUGAUAAAGUGCAUUCUGUAUGUAAUGUGAAUGUGAAUAAAUCCUUGUCAG